AUGUUUAAGCUCAUCAUUGCUUUAUCAUUAUUCGUUGCCAUUCAAGGACAACUUGUUGGUGGUUUUACAGAUCGUCCUGAUCUUGUUGACAGUCCAAUCACACGAAAUAUGAUUAAAUUAGCAACUAGUGAAUUAAAAAAAUCACAAAACCUUGAUGUAUCACUUCUCCGUGUUCUUAGUGUAGCCACACAAGUUGUCAAUGGAGUCAACUAUCGAAUUGUUUUCACAGCUCGUCCAUAUUCAUCAGAUGGUCUUCUUAUCUGUCAAACUAAAAUCUAUCGACAAUUCAAUGGUGAACAAUCGGUUUCUUCAAUUCGUUGUGAUUAA